GGUCUGUCGCGCAUGGAAGGCGCUGAUCGAGUCCUCGGUGGAGCUCACGUAUCUCGUCGAGCUGUUCGCGGACGGGCUGGUGUCUUGUCCCUCAGCGGAUUCGAUGGCGCAGCGGCGGCCCUAUGAGAGACUGGAGCAGCUGCGCCGCUAUCGCCGCGCGUGGCAGUCUCUCACCUGCACCUCGUGCACGCGGUUCUCGAUCUCGGGGCACGCGCGGGCGUACGAUCUCGUGGACGGCGUCUACGCGCAGCACGACACGUGGCCGCUCACUGACUUCACGACGAUCGCGCUCCCGACGGCGGAGCGCGAGAGCAGAGCGUCGACGUUCCCCGACGUGGGCGUCCAGUCUCUUGAUUUCGCCAUCGAUCCGACGCAGGAUCUUGUUGUGUUCCUAUGGAGGGGGCAAGACAGUGCCAACUUGGACUGCCGGCUGAUGUCAACUCUUGCGCCCCAUCCUCUUGCGGCCCUCGACACUCUAUCGCUGGGUCUGCGGCAACAGAGUUUCCAGAGGAUCUUUCUCCAGAUAGCAGACGAUGCGGUCGGCCUGCUCUACCGGAUUCAGCCUUUGGCUGAGACCCUGCGGCUGGUCAUAUUCAAUUGGCGGACGGCUGUCCUUCUCGUUGAUCUUAGCGGUCCACAGCUUCCGCGGUUCACCUCGGAUUUUUCGCUCAUAUCCCCCCGCUCGUUUCUCCUGGGCACGAUGACCGAGGUGCGCGAGGGGACCAACGUCCAUCGAGGGGGGAUUGGAGAGAUCCGCAUCUUCUCGUUUCGAGGAGAUUCGCCUGCACAGCCGGAGCACGCGACCACACUGCUUCUUCCCGAAGUGGACGUGAAUCGCUCCCUGGAUCGGAUGGUGAUCCACAGCGGGCCCUAUCUGGCCAAUCCACCGCAGGAUGCGCUGUUCUACAAGCCGAACGAGAAGAGGAUCUGCUCGGUGUCGCUGCUGUAUGACAGGUUUGAAGCUUACACUCUUUACAUCCACCAUCAGUUUCUCGCGGGGUUCCUCCCGCCCGCCGCCCGCCCACCGAUCGCUGUGGUACCCUGGAAGCAGUGGGGCCCGGGAAACUCGCGCAUGAUGAAGGGCCGGCAUAUGCUGUGGCUAAGGUCACCCGCGAACUUGCUCCUCGAGUC